CAGCAUAAUGGCAACGGGUGUGUCCAGAAUUGAGUUCCUCAGUGAUGAAAUAAAUAACGAUUUAUUUAGCUCAGAAAGUUGUAUUUGUGCGGGAAUAUAUUUUCCAUGUGUUUAUUUAAAUCAAUUUUAAGUAAGGAAAAUAGCUGUCUUUGAUGUAGUAGGACGUUGUAUCACAAAACCCUCCCUAAAUCGGGAGUUGUGUUUUUUUUAAGAUUUUGCUUUCUUGGAGAGUAUUGACAAUGGUGUGCUUCUCAUAAAUAAUUAUUCUCAUUUUUCCGUUUUUGCUUGAACGAGUGUACAAAUGUUUGCUAUUAAUACAAAAUAGCCUUUCCUGGUAAUACACAUGUAAGAAUCAUCACUGCCCAAAGGAUUGCACUCUUCACUGCUUUUGUUGCACCAUUCAUCAAACAAAUGAGAUGGCUCAGGAUUUCCUCCCAGGCAUGGAGAGCUCUGCUAUCUCUGUCCUGAAGAGAGCUGUGGAGCUUGAUCAGAGCUCACGCUUCCAGGAGUCUCUGGUGUGCUACCAGGAAGGGAUCCAGCUCCUGUUAGAUGUACUGAAAGCUGUAAAAGAUGACUCAAAGAAGGUCCAUUACAGAGAGAAGAUCAAGGGCUACAUGGGCCGAGCAGAACAGAUUAAAGACCAUGUAAACAAACUGAAAGAAGAGGGCAAAUACCAUGAGCAGAUUAAGAUAACAGGCAAUUCCACUGGUUUCAGCUAUGAAUCCCUCUUUAAACCAUACAUCAGAGACGGGCUGACUGAAGUCUGGGUGGAGGACCCUUAUAUACGGCAUGUCCAUCAAUUAUAUAAUUUUCUUCGCUUCUGUGAAAUGCUGCUGAAAGGCCCAUGCAAAGUAAAGACAAUUCACCUCCUUACAUCAAAGGACGAGGACAGCUCCUCUCAGCAAGCCAUUGCCCUGGUAGAAAUAAAGCAGUCAAUGCAGAGUCAAAAUGUCUUUUUGGACAUUCAGUACUCCUCUACUAUUCAUGACAGGGAGAUCAGGUUUAAUAAUGGUUGGAUUAUUAAGAUCGGCAGAGGGCUUGAUUAUUUCAAAAAACCAAAGGGUCGCUUCUCCAUAGGGUACUGUGAUUAUGAUUUGAGAGAGUGUCACGAGACUACUGUGGACAUUUUUCAUACAAAACACACCAAGACGACAUAGUCUUCUAAGGCCUUUUCACUGCCUGGCAUGUCUAUAGAGAUGUAUCUUCAC